AACUGUCUCAAUCUAUCCUAGUUUUCCUGUAGCAGUUCGCUAGAAAAGCCAACGAAUAAUCAAAUUUGGCACACUAAUAGAAAAACAGACCAAUAAGAGUCGAUUUGACCAAAAGCUGCCUGUAGCCAUUUCCACCCUCCAGACGCAACAUUCAAAAUUGGGACGACACCAACGUGAAGAUGUCGACUUCUAAUUUCAUCACACUUUCAAUCACCACAAAUGCGUCUAAGCUACAAUCUGAAAAGCGAUAUCCAAUUGAUAUAACUCUAGGUCAACUCAAAGAAAAAUUAGUUCUAGUUACUGGCUGUGAUAACCGUACAAUGAAAAUCGAGUUAUUUGAUAAACAAGAAAAGUCCUUAGGUUACUUACUUGAUGAUGGAAAAUCACUGUAUGAUCUUGGUGUUGAAAAUGAAAUGCACAUUCAUGUAACAGAUUCAACUAUUGCAGAUGGAGUAUAUGACCAGCAAGAAGAACCUGUUGAGACGUAUCAGUUGACAGAUGAAGAGUAUGCAAAACGCGAAGAAUCAGUAUUGGCUUGGAAGCGACGUAACAAAAUUGGACAGUUUCGAGAAGUUGAUCCUGAGGAAGCUAAGCGUGCAGAAGAACUGCGUCAAGAGGCAGAAUUAAAGGAAAAAGAAAAGGCGGAGUCCUUGCCUAUUGGUUCUCGGUGUGAAGUUCGUAUUCCAAAUCAAAUAACAAAACGGGGUGUAAUAGAAUUUGUCGGACUAACUAAAUUUAAGCCUGGUUAUUGGGUUGGAAUUCGUUAUGAUGAACCUUUGGGACGAAAUGAUGGAAGUAUUGAAGGAGUACGCUAUUUUCAAUGUCCAGAUAAAUAUGGUGCAUUUGUUAAGCCACAAUAUGUUGAAGCUGGUGACUUUCCUGAACUUGGAAUUGAUGACCUGGAUGAGAUUUGAUGAAACUGUAAUGAGAAAUAAAUUUGAAAUAGGUGUACACAUCUUAACAUGAUACCUACCUCAAUAUUAUUACAAUUAAUGUAUGUAUACAUUAACUUAAACUAUGUUGCACGGAAAGCAUAUAUUACUAGCUUUUAUUGUAUAGUAAUAUUGUAUCAGCCUUAUUUAUUUUUUUUCAGAUUGCUAUAUCAUAGACGUCUAUGAUAAUCAAAAAUAAAUCGAAUUUUGAACAA